AUGGCUCCGAUCGUCGGGGUGCUUCUCAUGGGCUUGGGUGUUUGGCCCUCUGGUGUAACUGGCGAGGUGGAGGAGCCGGUGCCGAAGGUGAGGCAGUACACCUUCUCGCCUUUGCACCGCCCCCCCGGUUUCUACCCCUGGGGUGGCCCGCUGCUCGAGCUCGACGGCGUGACCCUGCACUCGAUCGACCUGGUCGAGGCGGACGCUCUUCACGACGGAAACUGGACGCACGACAUGCUGCUGCUCUUCCAGAACUCCAGUGACGAGAGCACCCUCGAGAUCUGGGACAUCUCGAAUGGCGUCCACUGCGGCAGGUGGUCCAUCCCAGACCUCGACGGGCUCGGCCCCGAGCACGUGGUGGGCGGUGGCUGCGCGUAUUCGGCCGGGCCGUCCAUGCCCGCGGUCACCACCGCCCACCCCUCGGGCCGCCCAGGGGGGCCCUCUUUCGGAGCCCCGCCACACGUGCCAGCCCGGCUAGGCUUCGUCAUCAAGGCGGGCCCUCGCUCAGAGAAGCGAAAGGCACCCAUACCGCUACCCUUCCCUUGUUUCCCCUUUCGCGGGCCUCCCGGGAGGCCCUGGUCGCCGACGCUGGAGUCGCCUCGAAAUUCGAGUCAGAACGCACCCCGGGAGAGGUCCGCGGAGUAGCGGUAUCGGUGCUCUGUGAUUUCCCCGCUCGCAGCCGAUGUUGCGAGCAAAACCGCAGUCAGUCAGUCAC